AUGGCUAUCUUGACUCCUUCCAACACAGGUGCUCAGCAAGAGCUACUUACCUCUGAGCGGGCCAGAUGUGUUGACUUCAUCACUCGCCGCCCAGAGCUUAGCUUGGGCUCCCUCAAAAGUGCUGAUAUAUCUGUGCCUGAAAUCCUGAUUGCACUGGAUAAUUAUCGAACUAUACUGCAGCAGGGGGGCAGUAUUGCCCUUGGCCGCGGGGAAAGCUUGGCUAGCGUCCGCUUGGACAGAAGUUUCUCAGGUCUUUUCUCGACAGAAGCACCGAAGGUGAUACAAGGUCCAGCGAUCACCUGGACAGCGCUCGUUCUUUCUGCUGGACCAUGCUUCGAUGGAGCAUCGCAAUUCAAAGUAGGGGAAAGCCUCGUCGAGGUAGUGGGCGACGACCUGGAGCUUAUUUGCUCUGGCCGGCCUUGGCGGUUCCUGUCCCCUUGGCCAGACAGAGAGGAUUGCGAAGCAGAACUGAGAUCAACUGAAACAGCUUUACGUGAACUACUUGACACCAAGCUGCUAAUGCGCCAAGUUCUCGAGAAAACCGCGUCCCUUGAGAACGGAUUGAGGAGUCGCCAGCGGCUAAUAGACCAACUUCGUUCAGGAGAUCAGCGUCCUACGCCUAUCACAGCUGGUGCUGGCAGUGCAACAGUCCAUAGUAAAGCUUCGUCUGAUUGUUCUUCUCACGAAGCAUUCGCGGUCACCACCGUCAAUGAAGUUCCCCAAGCUAACUCGACAGGUACUGUAAGCAAUAUCUCGGGCCCAGGUGAGGCCGGAAGCCAAAGCUUCGUAGGCCUGGACAGUCCACGUAUUCCAGGUGCAGCUAUGACACCGGAGAGUGUGCAAGCAGGAGGCCCGCAGUUAGACUUCAUCUUGAACCUACACGAGUAA